GCUAUUAAACAAGGUCGUGUUUACGAGUGCCCUUAGCCGUAACCAUGGUAACAGUGUUUGGUGUCGAGCUGCUACUACGACACAGUUCGGCACCUGCCUUUGAUCUGUACUGCGCGUGGACCAAAGUCAACGGUGUGAACCCUCAUCAAGAGAGACAAAGGAAGGCCAAGAAGAGACAACAUAACAUCAGCUGUAAACCAUCAAACUCAGCAUUUAAUGGACAUGUUCUGCCUGAAAUGAACAUUUUAUAUUAUAGUUAAAUCAACAAUAGCUUGUGUUACUUCGACAACACUUUUUUUAAAACGACUGGAAGCUAUUGAAGAUGUCAGAGGAAGCUCUGACAAAAGUGUCCUACAUCUUUCCAAAUGGUGACAAAUACGAGGGGGGGUGUGGCAGGUCUGCAUCAGGAGCAAUGGUGAGGAAAGGUGUCGGCAAACACACCUCAGCAAAUGGGAUCAUAUACACAGGAGUGUGGCAGGAGGACAAGAUGUGUGGCAGAGGGACCCUGCAGCAUCUCUCCGGUGCUCGCUAUGAAGGAGAAUUCAAUGACAACAUGUACCACGGCACAGGGACGUACACCUUCCCAGAUGGCUCUUCUUACAAGGGUCACUUUUGUCACAACAGGUUGGAGGGAAAAGGCGUUUACACGGACUCACAAGGACGGGUCUGGAUGGGAGAUUUUCACGGCAAAGCAGCUCUGGGCCUGAAAAUGCAGCACACCUCUUAGGAAAAUCAUGCUACAGCGUGUUUAUGUCUUGUGUUGUACUGAAUUCCUUCUUCACAUGUUGCAUUUACUGUGUGGUGAGCAGACAGAAAGACCCAUGUUCUUGCUUUCAUGUCGUCGUGAGCUACAUUACAAGCUGCACAAAUUUGAAAUAAAAUGUUUUGUUUUUUUUAAUUGCA